GGCAAGUGGUCCUGCUCCGAAAACAAUUAUGUGGUGAUAUAAAAACGUAAAACUAUAAAUGGAUAUACAUGUGUAAUCUGCAGUCCUAGGGUUUUUAGUUGUUAGAAUGAGUUUUGGUUCCUUCCCGUGGCCUGUCUGGUGUGCUCGCAUUUACCAUUCGAAACCACCGACUAGCCUCCCCCACCCCCCUCCUAUUCAUCCCUUCCUUCAAUUCCCAUUCCUAAUGGAUUGGUCAAUACGUAUUCCCACUCAGACACGCGUUAUCACACUUACCACAAAGGCGGUUCGGUUUGGCGCCCGGUUUGUGUUGCAAACAUGGGAGCCAUCUUUGGACAGAGAGACGGACUUCUCUCUUCCUCCCUUCUUCUCCCCUUUAUGAUUUAUAUGUUCGGUUUUAAUUCGUUGCUGUCUUUGGCCAACCCUAAGGCUCUCAAGCCUUACCUCCUUCCCCCGAUCGGUACGAUUACCGAAAUGAUCGAUUGUGGGCCUGCGCUCGCUCCCUCUCUCUCUCUCUCUCUCUUUCACUCUGUCUCUGUUAACCCCGUGUACCGUACCGUGUUACUUCUGUGCCAUGCUAUCCUGAGACCAUCCCUGUGGGGUCUCCCUUAUACCGGUGCGGUCCAGCCGGGAGCCCGGGGGUCGAGCCAAGAUCGUGUCAAGCCUCAGCCCCGAUCGCAUCAUUUUGAUUCUUGAAAGGCGCCGCAGACGCAGAAGAACUGCAGGAGCAAAAUGAGGGCGCGAGCAAAACGGGAAGAGGGCGAGACGGGAAAGAGACGAAGAGCGAAGUGAUUUAGGGAAGCAAAACAUCGAUGUGAUCCUGUGGGAGAGGAGCGUGGCAGGAGGGAGAAGGAGGGGGGGGAUUGUUGGAUGACGAUGUAGGUGACCCUGCAGACGGUUUGCGGGUGAGCGGGAUGGAAAGAAGUAAAGGAAAAAAGAAGAAGCAAAAGCGGGGGGAAAGGCGAAAAGCCGGAAGGGAGGAAGAACUAUUUUAACGCUUAAAUAAUACUCCAUUAUAUAAAACAAAAACCACAAAAAAAAAACAAAACAAAACAAAACAAAUGAAAACUUCACUUGUA